AUGUCCGACCGUUCGGCCGCCAAUUCUCGACAGUUUGUAUUUCAAACAUCUGACCAAGCAGGUGGAGCAUCGCAGCAGUAUCCACCGCCGCAGUACGGCAGCUUCAAUGCUGAGCAAGAAACAAGCACAGCCGAUGCUCCAGGCCCGGCGCACGGCUACGAUGCCUCUGCGCCAUACCAUGACUUUGACGCGCAGCACCAUCAAGUAGCUGCCGCCCACUUUGCGACUGGCUUCGGUUUCAGUCCCUCGGCGCCUGCAGGCUGGGACUGGACCCAUUCGAUUGACUUUGCCGACUUCACAACCCACCAUGAGCCUCAGGGCGAACUGGUCCAGGAAUUCCAGAGCCAAGUCAAUCCCACCAGCGACUUCAACAUCCCGUUCCCCGUCCCCACGGGAGAGUCCGCAUACCAGCCAUUCCACCACCAGCAACAGAGCCCAACUACGUCCACACCCAAUGCUACCCAGACCCAAAUCCCACUGUCUCCUCCGCCCCCGCCUCCCCGACCACAGCAGCAGCAGACCAGGCCCGUUGUCCAGACAGCUAUGAAGCGCAAGAUGGAUUCCGAGCCAUCUUCCGCCGUGUCGCAGACUGGCGGCACGGCCCCAGAACCGGCGCCAAAGCGCCAGAACAAGUCGCGGCGGUCAUCGAACGCUUCUGCUUCGUCGCCCGUCGUGCAAACCGCGGCUGAGGCUCGUUCGGCGACAACAACAACACGCACCGCAGCACCUCCCACGCCCAAUGGAACCGUGUCGCAACCGGCAGCGCUAGAGAACACACAGACUGGGCGACGGGAGGAGCAGACCAAGGGUACAGGACCACAAGGCAGAGUCAUCGAUGUGUCGUCGCCGAGAAAAAUACAAGACGCGCCUGCAGGACUCGAUAUACGGCCCGCGGGAAAAGUGUUUCCCAUACAAAUUGGCUCCGAGUUAUUCAGAUUGUCGGGGGCCUCGCUUUCGUCGGAUGCACCCUCAUAUUUCUCGCACUUUUUCGGCCAGCAGCUACAGGACAACGGCGGUCGGGCUGGUGACGUGAGGACCCUGUACAUUGACCGCGACCCCGAUACAUUCCGUGAUAUUGCUCUACACCUACAAGGCUAUCACAUCACUCCGAGAGACGCUGAGCACUUUGUGAAGCUCUUUGCAGACUCCCAAUUCUACUCGCUACCUCGACUAACGAAACAGCUCUUCAACAGCGACAUUUUUGUGCGCAUUGGACGAACCCCUUUCCAAAUACCGCGCGAUCUCUUCUCCGGUCCAGGCGAUAGUCCAAACUUCUUCUCGCUGGGAUUCGCACAUUUCUUCUCAACGCCCUCCGAGGCGUUCCCUGGACUGGAUCGCGAUGCGCUGCUCCGUCCGCCGUCUAUCAAGCCGCCCGCCGUACCGAGUAGAAAUGGAGAGACUUUUAGUGAGCUGAUCCAGCUACUGCAAGGCUACAAUGUGGAGAUUCGAAACAGUGCGCAUCGAUCUCGGCUACUGAGAGAUGCGCGUUAUUUUCAUCUCAAGGGGCUUGAACAAAAGCUCAUACCGUGUGAAAUCUCGUACAAUCUACGGCGCCAGCAGUCGGAGAUUCUCAUACGCCUCGACGAUAUUCGCCAGUCCGGUGUAUCCUUUAUUCCUGACAAGGCGUUGAGCGAAUCAGAUUCUGGAUCGGUGUCUGGUGCGCAGCCAGUAAACGCAUCCCCGUGCGCACCACCCAUUAGUAAAGUGGACAGCCCUGCGCCAUCAAUUACAAGUAGCAGUGCCGUCUCGCGAGCGGGCUACGUAUCCUAUGCGCGUCCAUUUACGGACGAUCAUGCAAACAGCAAUAUAAUGGUGCUUGAGAUUUCGGCAGCCGAGUCGACGUCGUUGUUCCUCCCUUGGUCGGCACCCAAGGCCCCACAGUAUAGUCCACUGGAAGUGGAAUUUCGAGCAACAUUCCACAACUCGACGCUCGCACGCAUUACUUCCUUGUUCUCGGUAAUAGCUUCGAAGAUGGGCUUGCCAGCCACGCAGCCUCUGGGCCUCAUGUAUCUGCAGUCUGGCGGAGGCGUCGCAGCCCAACCAGUCAGCCCCGCCAAUUCGGGUGUUAGCGAUCGCCGCGUUCGCGUGCGCCUUGAGACUGACUGCGCCCUUGAAAUUGACGGAUCGCCAGCAGAGCUCCAUGUGGACAGUGACACCAGGCGCAUUGGUAUCCGCCGACCAAGAUCCAGUACGUGGUUAUGGGGUGGCAGUAAGCCAGACUUCGAGGCCUCCCAUCUGCGAGCAGACGAGCAAGACCCAGAAGUCGAGUGGACUGUCAAACGCGCCCACUGGCGCCUCCGUGUCGAGCCCCUCGCCCCCGACGCAGAAAGCGAUGGCCGGCGCAUGCAAGUCGUACUCUGUGGCGUAAGACUCGAGGUUUUUACCGCCGAGCGUGCUCGUAACGCCUCGCGUGGUUUCCUAAGCUGA